GACUUGCCAUGAAAGUGGUGGUAAGGAUAUUGCUAUUGGUUAGUGGUGUAUUGAAUUGCGCACAAUCUGCCCCAGGAGUACUGAGGAAUGUGACGUCACUGUUGGAUAAUUUUGCCACAGAUGCGCAGCUGAAGGAUUUUGAAGGAACGGCCGGAAUUAGAGUAGCUCGAGAAUUUCCUUCAUUAGCUGUUGAACGUGGUCCACUCAGCGUAGUUCAGGAUUGGAGUUUGGUGUGUGUACAGCUCUGCGGAGCUGCAUUGGGGGGUGGACCAUGUGCCCCCUAUUGUACAUCUGUAACGGUUCCAGUCAGUGUUCAAAAAUCGAACGCAGAAGUUCUUCUCAGUCCCAAUAAAGAUGUGAUAUGUGAAGAUCUUUGCGCAUUGAAACUGGGUGGAAAUGUCUGCACAUGUUCGACUAUUGUAUCACCUCGCUCCAUACAAGAUCGCAAUCAAGUGUGUCAAACAUUCUGUAUAAAUAAUUCCGAAACUCUGGCCGGUUGUAGUCUUUGUAAUAAAAUUCAACCGCUAAGAGAUUGGACAACAGAAGAUAUGAUGCCAAAUAAAAGUAUUCCAUCAGGAGAUCCAUCAAAGAACACUGACUUUUCCGUUUCGGCAAACUCCAUCAAUCCUGCUGCCACAGCCGGAGCAACAACACCGGAUUGGGACGCCCUCUGUGUGUCCCUAUGUAAAACAAAUGAUGGUGGGUCAUUGUGCAAUUGUGAUUUGUCACCAUUUUUUUAAAAAACAAAAAGCAAAAAAACUUCCUAAUUUAUAUUGUUAAUCAUUAAAUAUUAUUUGAUGUAUUAAAAAUAAAUUAAAUUUUAAUUUAAAGUUAAACAUUUGUUUUGGGAUGGAAGAAUUUUGUAAAAAAAAUGUUAAUUGUGUUUAUGUUAUUUUCAAAUUUUAAAGAUUUUUUUGGUGACAAAUCAUGUAUAAUUUGUUUUGUUUUAUUAUAUUUUUUUAUUAUUAUAAAUAUUAUUGUUAAAUAAAUCCCUAUGAGAAUCAAUUAAUUUGUAUAAUUAAUUUAAAAAAAAAAGAUGUUAAAUCACAAACAAACAACAAACAUUUAAAUGUAUAAAACACAAAUAAUUGUAAUACAAACAAAAAAUUAUUAGUUUUGAAGUAGUUUUUCAGUUUGAUUUUUAACAUUUUCCAUAAAAAAAUGAUAAUACAACAAAUCACUAAAGGGCUUCCAUGUACUAAGCCACUGGCUUAGUACAAAUCCUUAGAUAUAAUAAUACAAAAAAAAAACGAAAAGGUUUAUAACGUUGAAAAAAAAAAAUUAUUAAAACGUCGACUGUCACGACCUACUUUGACUAGCUGCCACUAGGUGUCACUUGAGUUGAAAAUUCUGCUGAACAACCGCAGUAUAUAUUGUAACUUCAAUUGGUUUCUCUCUCUUUAUCUAACGCACUUAAACUCCUUUCGAUAACAGAGGCUUUGAGAAGGUCGUUUCUUGGUUUUGCUCCACAGAAGUCAAUGUUAUCGCAGUAAGUUUAAUGGUAAAACAAAUUAUACUAUCAAAUUUCGAGAGUUAGGUUGUUUUUUCUGACAAAAUUACCUUUCUUAAGCUCACUAAAAAUUAACCCCAAUUGGAUUUACAAAUAUAUAUGUACCCAAAUCUACUGUCCAUUGAUAUUACACAUUCCCGACUCGAUGCCCACCGUGUGUCUGAUAUUCAAAGCAAAACUGUGACAGUCUACUAUUUUAAUAGUAGAAUCACAAGAUUUAUAAAUGGAAUUAAAGUAUUGUUUUUGAUUGAUAGAAUCAGCAUAUCAAUUUAAAAACAAUAUGUUCAGUUAAAAAAAUAUUUUAUCUUCAUUAAAAACAUUAUAAAAAAAUUAUAUAUAAAUAAUUAAAAACAAAAAAAAAAAUAUUUAUACAUACAAUUUAUAGUUAAAACAAACAAAAAAUAAUCAAUUCAAUAAUGUUUAUAUGUUAAGAUCUAAUAUACUGUUGGAAGACAUUAAUAUUAAUACAAACAACAACAAAAAAGAACAUUGGCUUUUUUGGAAGACAUUAAUAUAUCACAUUAGAAAUAAGUAAACUUAACUUUAAGAUAUUGCUAUCGAAAAGGUAAUAGUAAAACUUAAAUAAAAAAAAAAAAAAACAAAA